CAGAUGGACAGCUACCCUCAGCUGAUCACUGUUCCAUCUACCAGAGCAACUCCAGGUCCUCAGGGUCAAAACAUGAGCGCCUUCGUGACUCUCUCCACAGGGCAGAGGAUGCCUGUGGUCGGACUUGGCACAUGGAAGAGCGCUCCAGGACAGGUGAAGCAGGCAGUGCUGGCAGCCUUAGACUGUGGGUACAGACACAUUGACUGUGCUGCUGCAUACAGCAAUGAACAGGAGGUGGGAGAGGCUCUGGCUGUCAGGGUCGGCCCUGGUAAGGCUCUGCGUCGUGAGGAGCUGUUUGUCACAUCCAAACUGUGGAACACCAAACAUGACCCGCAGGAUGUUGAGGAAGCGUGCAGGACCAGUCUGGCCCACCUGGGUCUCUCCUAUUUGGACCUGUACCUCAUGCACUGGCCCAUGGCAUUUCAGCGGGGGAAGGAGCUGAUGCCUCGACACGAAGAUGGAAGUAUUUGUUACUCCGACACACAUUAUAGAGAUACUUGGGCAGCCAUGGAGAGCCUAGUGGACAAAGGUCUGGUCAAAGCCAUAGGACUGUCCAACUUCAACUCCAGACAGGUUGAUGACAUCAUCAACAUGGCCAGACACACACCUGUGGUCAACCAGGUGGAGUGCCAUCCUUAUUUGUCUCAAGUAGAUCUCCUGUCUCACUGUCGGUCAGUGGCAGUUUGUGUGACAGCCUACAGUCCUCUGGGCAGCGGGGACAGACCCUGGGCCUCUCCUGAUGAACCCAGUCUGCUGCAGGAUCCUCGACUGGGAGCUAUCGCCCAGAGAUACCAGAGAACACCUGCCCAGGUCAUACUCAGGUGGCAUGUUCAGAGGGGUGUCAUGUGUAUCCCUAAGAGUGUGACACCCUCCAGGAUCAAGCAGAACUUGCAGGUGUUUGACUUUUCUCUGUCAGAAGACGACAUGAAGCUGAUUGAAUCCUUCAACCGCAACGAGCGCUUCAUCGUCCCAACAGUCGAGAGAGACGGCAAGAGAGUGUGGAGAGAUGGAGAACAUCCUCAUUUCCCCUUCAAUGAUCCUUACUGAGUCUACACACAAGGAAUGUUGUGUUUUUGAAAUUUCUACAUUAAAUGAAAAUAUAAUCAAAAUUAAAUUAGCUUUUGCUCUUUGGGAAGAAUGUCAUUGACAUAAUAAAAAUAGUUAAAUGACUAAAUUUGUAGAAGAAAGUCUUUAAAACAUGUUUUCCCCAGUCUUAUCUUUAUUGAGAUUGCAGUGAAGAAAACUGGCUUUUCUUCCACUGCCAGAGUGACACUAUGUGGUCAGUAACAGAACUGCCACUCUGCCAGGUGACAAUGGCUUUGAUCAGUGUUUCUCAACCAGGGGAGCUCCAGAGGGGUCGCCAGAAAAUGGGGAAAUAAUUUUCACUAUUUAACUCACUAUAAAAGUGAGCCCAAUGUGAGUAUAAGUAGUGGUUGAUAACUAUACAAUUAAUAUCUAUCAACCACAGUCUUUUCAGAUCAAGCUCCCUGAAGCAAAUUCUUAUUAAAUGGGUGACCAUGACCUAAUGUUUAUCAGUUUGGGUUAGCUUGACACAAAAGCAGUUGAGAACAAUGGCUUCGAUCGCCUGCAUGUCUCACACAGUGAAGACUUUUUCAAGGUUAAAUCAUCACUGAGUCAUUGCAGCAGCACCGCUCUGAGAGAUCACACUUUCAAUCAUGUUGCGCUGAACACAACUGAUGAACAAUUAAUUAUCCUUUUCAAUGUCAGGUAAAAAAUUAAAUGCACAACUGCUGUGAAAAUCCAUUCAUCCCUCUCCCUGUUGAUGCUUCCUGGCUCACCAAACAAAAAAUCUCAAUAAAAUUUCCCCAAUGAAAUGAAAUUCACCAUCUUAAUUUUCUAUAACUACAGUGGAAACAUCUUAUAGUGAUCAUGUUACAGUGACAAACUGCUUAAAAGGAGGAGAAUCAUUCCUGGAUAAAUGCUGUUAAAGUAAUUUGCUGAUAGUAUUCAAGUAGUCUCCUUACAAUGUUUGAGUCUUUUCUUAAAUGACAUAUUAUUUAUACUUUACUCCCAUGAUACUGAGGCUGCUGCUGUGUGCACACUGAAAUCAUGACAGGAAGACAAACUGCCAAAAAUGAGGCAAUGAGAUGCUGCAACGAAACUUGGUGUUCCUCAGGUUACCAUUUUCUAGUCUACUCAAACAGUGACAAUGGUUAUAGCUGCUGCUGAUGGAGACAGAAAACAAAUGCGCAUAGAGAAAACACCUGUGCUUGUCCACGUGAUGCCCACCAUUACUUUGCAUUCAUGUAAUCAAUAUAAAAAUGUUAAUUAGAUGGUUAUCUGCAUGAUAUAAAGACAGAAAUAAAAACAAUCUGUUUAGUGA